CUUUUAAUUACAUAUUUAACAUAUGUAGUUAUUUUAUUUAAUACUUUACACUAUAGGGCUGUUACACCAACUAAAUGAAAUGGGUAUGAACAAAACCCACAUUACCAUUUAUCAAAAUCCAUUUACAAAGCAAUUACAAUUGUCUACAUUUUUUUUAUGAGAUUAAUGUUCUAAAUAUUACUUUUUGAAUAAAGAAAUAUAUGUUGGGAAAAAUUAAAUAAUACUAUUAUAGGCUAUAUGAAACUAAAACAGCCAGUACGUGGCAGCAAACCGUAAUAAGCGAAUCAUAAGGCCAAUUCUAAAGACUGCCGAAAGACAGUCACCAGAUUACUUUUUAGAUUUUAAUUCAGCAUGUCCACUCAGCGAAAACAAGCUCUGCAAGACGCCAACAGACUCCGAUAAGGGUAACACACUGAUCCGACAAAACCCGACAAUGUCUGUUGCCGUCUGUCGGUGCGGUGUGAAUUGGCCUAUAGAAUCAUUCAACCAACCAGUUCAUUCAAACUGCCUGAUUCAUUCAUGAAAGUAGGAAUUGUCCACUGACUUUAUGGCUGCAUCCAAAAACUUAGGCAGCUGACUUGUUUCCUCGCUGCCUUGUUUCCUCGCUGCCUUAUAAGCAAUGGCUUUGCAGGCAGCGUUUGCGCAUGAAGGUACCUCAGAAAAGGCAUUAUUUCUUCAGACUUCUGAGGCAGCAUAACGGUUUAAUGAUCUACAGCAAACUUUGACGCCAUCCGUGCCCUCCGAAGGCAGCAUUUUUCAGUUUUCGGACGCAGUCCAUGAAUGUGUCAUUGAAUCAUUGACUCACCUGACUCAUUCAAAAAUGGUGAAUCAUUCAGGAAUUAAACUUUUCUGCUUAGUUUGGAAUAUUUUCAGUGGCAAAAUACAGCAAAAACAGUCCACUGACUUUAUGAAUGGGUCAUUGAAUCAUUGACUCAACCGAUUCUUUCAAAACAGGGAAUCAUUCAAGAACAAAACACUAAUGUGUUGCUGGGUGACGCAAGUUUUCUGCUUUGUUUGUAACGAUCUUCGUUGGCAAAAUACAGCAAAAACAGUCAAAAUUGACAAUGUUAUAUCUAAAAAUGAUCAAUUCAUAUGAUCAACCUUUUUGUUUAUUGAACUGUUAUGUAAAAUAUCACCUUUUGCAUUCAUACUGAUAUUCGAGAACAUGGCACUCUUGCAAGUGUGAUAUUGCUUAACUAUAUUAUUUUAUAAAUAAAAUACAAGAACUCAUACAAAGGCAUUUCCAACCUUGAAUGACGCUAUUUUACGUCAACACCAGACUAGCUUGCUUGUUUUUAAGCUUAGUGGAGGGCUAUCGCCUGUUAAGUUAGGCUGGCUGUAUUGUUUUAAUAGUGGUUUAAUUUCACAGCGGUGACAAACAGUGCCGAACUUUAGGGCAAACACAAUCAUUACCUGGCUGUCACCAAUGAAGGCAGAUCCAGGAGACGUGGAUUCUGCUCACCUGCUCGGCAGAGUGCUGUGGUGGCUGUGACGAGAUGUCAGAUAGUGGGAGGGGCUCAUGCAGUCUCACAGAAUUAUUAAGAAUAAGUUGUCAGGCAUGCUGAGAAUUGAUUGAAAAAUAAGAAUUGAUGCCACGGGCCAAAUUUAAACAAAAACUAAAAAUAUGCUUCACGAUAGUUACCACACAUCUUUGAUUACAAGGCGGCUGAGAAGUUGACAGCGUUUUAUUUAGAAAAUAAAGCAUACCUUCUGCUCUCUGCACUGCUGAUAAGAAGACUCUAACAUGCUCUCCUGCUGCCAGCCCCUCCCACCAUGUACGUCAGUGGUGCUGCUGGUCUGGUUGGCUGUUGCUAGGUGGCUGUGUGUGAGUGUGUAUGAGAGAGAGAGACAUUUAGGGCUAACACGGACCGUUCGUUUAAGUGUGUGUGUGUGUGUACAACUAAGACAGCUGCACUAAGCUCACCACGCAUUCUGUCUGGGCCUUGAGCUGGUCUUCGGCCAUCUACAGUCGUGCACACAUGCGAACACACGUACGCAAAUCCAUACACCCACAUACUGACAUACACUGCAACACCUGCACACAAACUGACACAGAGACUAUGGUCCACAGUUUUCGCAAGGUCCAAUGGGAAUAGCUCUGAUUUGGUCUAUAAUCACGGUUCUUGUCAGAUGGAUUCUUUCUAAGAGACGCGGAGCAAUCUCCUAUGACAGCUCUGAUCAAACUGCUCUGUAUAUUCGCAUGCUAGCUGUGACAAACAAAACAAUCAAACCCUCAUUCGUGUUUACACCAGGGGCUUGUGUAAUAUUCAAACAGCUGUUUUCAAGAGAUGUGAGAGUAAGAAGUCAGGUAGGAUUUGAACCUGAACGAAGAGGCUCGCACCCAUACCUGGGCGUCGAUUUCCGCACUUUGCACUCCCGUGCUGAGUCAGCAGGGUCGAUUCCAGCUCGGAGAAUCCGGAGGCUUUUUAGUUUUCAGCGACACCUGCUUUCGUCCCGUCUGCUACGAGGAGCGCCACACCUCAACCCCCUCCACAUACUGGACGACGACUACUGCGGUCAGGCCAAGUGUAUGCUUGAAAAGGUUGGAAGCUGGAAUUUUGACAUAUUCCUCUUUGACAGACUUACAAAUGGAAACAGUCUCAUCUUCUUGACUUUUCAUUUGCUGAACCAGUAUGGCCUCAUCGAACUCUUCCAGUUAGACAUGGUUAAAGUGCGUCGAUUUCUAGUUCUGGUUCAAGAAGACUACCACAAUCAAAACCCUUACCAUAAUGCAGUCCACGCUGCUGAUGUCACCCAGGCCAUGCACUGUUACCUGAGAGAACCCAAGCUCGCCCAGUCCCUCACAUCAUUCGACAUCCUCUUAGGUUUGCUGGCAGCGGCCACACACGAUCUGGACCACCCUGGAGUCAACCAGCCUUUCCUCAUCAAAACUAACCAUUACCUUGCAGCUUUGUACCGGAAUACCUCAGUUCUGGAGAACCAUCACUGGAGGUCUGCAGUGGGUCUGCUCAGAGAGACCGAUCUCUUUUCACAUCUUCCUGCUGAGGACAGUAUGAGUAUAGAGAGGCAGCUGGGAUCACUGAUUCUGGCCACAGAUAUCAGCCGACAGAAUGACUACCUGUCCCGGUUCAGGACACAUCUGGAUGAGAAUGACCUGUGUUUAGGACACUCUACUCAUCGGCAUUUUGUUCUGCAGAUGGCCCUGAAGUGUGCAGAUAUCUGUAACCCAUGUAGACCGUGGGAGCUCAGCAAACAAUGGAGUGAGAAGGUCACAGAAGAAUUCUUCCACCAAGGUGACAUUGAAAAGAAGCAUAAACUUGAAAUCAGUCCACUGUGUGACAGUGAAGCCAACACCAUAGCCAGUGUUCAAAUCGGUUUCAUGACUUACGUGGUGGAGCCUCUGUUUGCAGAGUGGGCGCGUUUUUCAGACACGCGGCUCUCUCAGACCAUGCUUGGUCAUUUGGGCCUGAACAAGGCGAGUUGGAGUGCCAUGGAGCCCGAGGCGUCGGGGAGCUCCGAGGAGGGGGAGUCCGAGCCGGCCCGAGCCACCGAAGAGCCCAGUUCCAGAGCCUUAUCUCAGGGAAGCCAAGAGUCAUGACACCCCAACACUCACAUUGGGGGGGAAGAACACCUCUACUGCCCUCAGCCAAACAUCUUGCGUCACAUUUGAGUUGCUCGCCACCGAUCUCGAACCAACCACUGAUGAUUUGUUUUCUUUUUUCGUUUGUUUGUGGAUUUAAUUUAUUUAAUUUUAAACUCUCAUUUACCCUUUGACAUAGAGCAAUACAUAGAUACCUCAUUUGGCUACUGCUGCAAUUUUUGUUUCCUUUUAAUUAUUGUGGUGUAUUUAUUUAUCCUUAUUUGUUUUUUUUUGUUUGUUUUUUUGGGUGUUACUAAUUCACCUCCGAUGCUUUGAUUAAAGACCGUAAGGGAAUGCGGGGUAGGAAGGAAGCCCCCUCCUAUGGCUUUAAAGUGCCAUUUUGAAACAAUGAAUUGCUCUGAAAGUCAUUUGAAACACCUUGAGUAUUUAUAGGAGAGGUUUUUACAACUGCGCCAAGAGACAAUGUGUGUGAAACUGAAUGUGUGCGAGCGUGUGCGUGUGUGUGAGCGUGUGCCAGUGCUUCUGCAAAUCAAUCUUCCUCCUUGUGUACAAAAAUACAAAUGUGAAGAGCCCAGUCCUUUUGCUGCCUCAGAAGACUGUUUACACAUGUUGUUUUUUAACUGAGACAUGUUAGUUCUGUGAUUAUUGCCUUUUAAGCACAGAUGUGAAGAACCACUUGUACAUUUUGUUCGAAACCUACUGCUGAUGAUCAACAAAAUCUGUCAGACUGCAACCCCGCCGGUGUGACGCAUCAGAUGCCAUACGAAUGCCAUUUGUGCUCCAUUGCGUCUCUCUCCCCUGUAUUUCAGACAAUGCCCCUGUGUUGAAGGAACGUCACUCUGUGAAAGGUGGCAGAGAUGAACCCUUUUGACCAUGGAAGAAGGACAUGUAGCUGAACGGACUCUCCAUGGAUUUUGCUCAGGGUUUCACCGACCUGCUUAUUGGGAGAAACAAGGAAGUAAAGGUGCCUUUUUUAGGUAGCCACCACCCUCUUUCUCUUUCUCCUCUGUAUUUUGUAAAGUAAGAUAAGAAGUCCUUCUCAGAAUGUCUCAAAGCCACUCUCGUCUCUUCGGAAGACUGCUACACAAUGCCUUAAAACUAUGCACAAAGCUAAGUGACCAAACCAGCUGUCAUUUUCAUUUUAAACCCAUCACAUUGUCCAUUUAGUGCACUGUCUGACCCUUUGCCUUUUGUCGUGGAGUUGUUGUUUUUUUUUGGGUUUUUUUAAAUAUACAGUAUGGAGGAAAAUUGGUUUAAUGAUUUGAUUUUUAACAUUGAACAUUCCAUUUUUGUGUAUGGUUUUGGAUUCUGUACAGAAUGGACAGUUUUGUGCUUCUCUUGAUAUUUGGAAAGAGAAGAGGUGCUUUAUUUUAGGUGAUUUGUAUUUUUGUUGUAAGUGCUGUAAGACUGUUGAUUUAAGAAAAAAAAACUGUUUACAGUUUGUUGUAACAGCCAUUUUGGGGAGACGACCUAUGUGUCAAGCCAUUUUGUAAAGGCUUUGCCGUAUAACCUUUUGAUACAUACUUGUUGCAGUUGCAUUUUUGAUGAAUAAAUCUUCACAAAGUGUUUCUCUA